AUGAGAGAAGUUAUUAGUAUUAAUGUCGGUCAAGCUGGUUGUCAGAUUGGUAAUGCCUGUUGGGAAUUAUAUUCCCUUGAGCACGGUAUUAAGCCGGAUGGACAUCUAGAAGAUGGCCUUUCAAAGCCGAAGGGAGGAGAAGAGGGUUUCUCCACGUUUUUCCAUGAAACCGGCUACGGUAAGUUCGUUCCAAGGGCUAUUUACGUGGAUUUAGAGCCCAACGUUAUUGACGAAGUCCGUAACGGUCCUUACAAGGACUUGUUCCAUCCAGAACAGUUGAUCAGUGGUAAGGAGGACGCGGCUAAUAAUUAUGCAAGAGGCCAUUACACCGUUGGUAGAGAAAUUUUGGGCGAUGUUCUGGAUAGGAUUAGAAAACUGGCAGACCAAUGUGAUGGGUUACAAGGGUUCUUGUUUACCCAUUCUCUUGGUGGUGGUACUGGUUCCGGUCUAGGGUCCUUACUGUUGGAAGAACUAUCCGCUGAAUACGGUAAGAAAUCCAAGCUGGAAUUUGCCGUAUACCCUGCUCCACAAGUGUCUACUUCUGUGGUUGAGCCUUACAACACAGUUUUAACUACACAUACUACAUUGGAACAUGCAGAUUGUACUUUCAUGGUCGAUAAUGAGGCUAUUUACGACAUGUGCAAAAGAAACUUGGAUAUCCCAAGACCAAGCUUUGCAAACUUAAACAACCUAAUUGCUCAAGUGGUAUCAUCUGUUACAGCAUCAUUGAGAUUCGACGGUUCAUUAAAUGUAGAUUUGAACGAAUUUCAAACCAAUUUGGUUCCAUAUCCAAGAAUUCAUUUCCCCUUAGUUUCAUAUUCUCCAGUCUUAUCCAAAUCAAAGGCAUUCCAUGAGUCCAACUCUGUGUCAGAAAUUACAAACGCUUGUUUUGAACCUGGUAACCAGAUGGUCAAGUGUGAUCCAAGAGAUGGUAAAUACAUGGCUACUUGUCUGUUAUACAGGGGUGAUGUGGUAACAAGAGAUGUUCAAAGAGCUGUCGAGCAGGUGAAAAACAAGAAGACCGUCCAAUUGGUUGAUUGGUGUCCAACUGGUUUCAAGAUCGGUAUUUGCUACGAACCUCCAACUGCCACACCAAACUCACAAUUGGCCACUGUGGAUAGGGCCGUCUGUAUGUUGUCAAAUACCACAUCCAUUGCUGAGGCUUGGAAGAGAAUCGAUAGAAAAUUCGAUUUAAUGUAUGCCAAACGUGCUUUCGUCCACUGGUAUGUCGGUGAAGGUAUGGAAGAAGGUGAAUUCACCGAAGCUAGAGAAGAUUUGGCUGCUUUAGAAAGAGAUUACAUCGAAGUGGGUGCCGACUCAUACGCUGAGGAAGAGGAAUUUUAA